AUGAAGAGGCUCGCGCUCCCCCAAACCUGGCGCGUGGUGCUAGCCUUCAUUUACGUGCUGGCUUUGGGCGGCCAGGAGCAGGAGCGCUUUCCCACGGCUGUUGCCGCGAAGAACUGUAUCUGCAAGGGCAAAAACCAAUGCUCUUGUGAUGGAAUAAAAGGCAGUAAGGGUGAAAAAGGCUUUCCUGGUUAUCCUGGUCUACCCGGUCAGAUGGGUUUCCUUGGCCCAGAGGGUCCUCCUGGACCACAAGGACCUCAGGGUUUUCCAGGGCCAGUAGGUCUAACUGGAGCUAAAGGCUCAAGGGGUAAGCCAGGAGUUCCUGGUUAUUCAGGUCCUCCAGGUCUUCCAGGUGAACCUGGAAAUGCUGGCCCUCCUGGACGUCAGGGUAUGCCAGGAUGCAAUGGAACAAAGGGUGAGCAAGGUUUCCCAGGACUCUUAGGACAAGGAGGACUUCCAGGGUCACCAGGUCCUAAGGGCAUCAAAGGAGAAAAGGGAUAUUCUGCAGAUGGGUACAAUCAAGGUUAUAGUUCUUCUAAAGGUAAUCCUGGAUUGCCAGGAAUGCCUGGACCUCAGGGUGAGCCAGGACUUCAAGGAUUACCUGGGGUGAUUGGACCAGAAGGCCCUCCAGGUUUUCCAGGCACUGUAGGAAGAUCAGGACCUCCAGGCCCCAAGGGUAUCAUGGGUAUUAAUAUUAUUGGAGCCAAAGGAAUAAAGGGUGAUUGUGGACUAAUAGGUCCUCCUGGGCCAACUGGAACAGUUAUUAUAACAUUAACUGGAGCAGAAAAUACAACGGAAUUAAAAGGAGAUAAAGGAGACAAAGGUUCUCCAGGACAUUCUGGACCUCCAGGAGAACCAGGUUUAUAUGGUGAUUCUCACAGUACGAAAGGAGACCCAGGAGACCCCGGUCAUCAGGGCAGGCCAGGAAAGAAUGGUGCUCCUGGCUCACCUGGUCUACUGGGAGAAAAAGGUGAAAAGGGUUUGCUAGGAUUGCCUGGAAAAGUUGGACCUAAGGGGAUAAAAGGUGAAGUUGGCCCUGUGGGAAAUGAAGGUCCAACAGAGUAUUAUGAUGAAAUGCCUGGGGGAAAAGGAAAUAAGGGCUUCUUAGGAUCUCCAGGUCCUAAAGGUCAGCCUGGACCAAUUGGACCACAGGGUCCCUCUGGUGCCAUGGGUAGUCCAGGUAUUUCAAGACCUGGUCUAAGAGGUGUGCCAGGCUCUCCAGGCCUCAAAGGAAAGAAAGGAGAGAGAGGACAACCAGGAAUGAAUGUUAUUGGACCACCAGGACAUCCAGGGUUUCCAGGCCCACCUGGCCCAGCAGGAUCAGUAGGCCUCUUAGGACAACCAGGUACAAUAACUUAUGAAAGAGGCCCACAAGGAACUCCUGGAAGCCCAGGAUGUAUAGGUCCUCCAGGCCCAUCAGGAGAUGAUGGAGAAAAAGGUGAAGAAUCAGGCCCGUGUACCCAAUGUACUUAUAUUAUGGGAAGAGCUGGCCCCCCUGGUGUUGCUGGAGCAGAGGGUCAGCAGGGUAGGAAAGGUGUGGAAGGAAUAUUUGGCCCUAAAGGAUUCCAGGGAUCUCCUGGGCAGCCAGGGCCUCCAGGAGCUCAAGGAUUUCCAGGCUUUCCAGGAAAUGAAGGUCUUAAAGGAUCAAAAGGUGUCCCACAGUUCAUGCAUCCAGAAGGUCCCAAAGGAGAUAAAGGAGAACCAGGAAUCAGAGGAAACGAAGGAGAAAAGGGGUUGGAUGGAAUACCUGGGAAACCUGGACUGAAAGGCAAGAAAGGUUCUGUUGGAACAAAGGGGGCUGAUGGUCUACAAGGUGACAGAGGUUUACCAGGAUCAGUUGGCAGCCCAGGUCUUCCUGGUGUGAUAGGGCUAACUGGACCACCAGGAUAUGGACCCCAAGGAAAGAAUGGUUCAAAAGGAUCUCGAGGAAAUCCUGGAUUGCCUGGGUUACAUGGUGUACCUGGUUCUAAAGGUGAGCCUCGUAGAGUAACUGCAAUUCCUGGACCACCUGGGCUUCAAGGACCAGAAGGAAGAGCUGGACUACAAGGAAGAAGAGGUAGCAUGGGAUCCAGAGGACAGAGGGGUGACCCGGGUCUUCCUGGACCAGGUGGGGAUCCAGGUUUAACGGAGAAUGGAUUUCCUGGUUGUUCGGGUCAGAAAGGAGAUAAAGGAGCUCAAGGACCUAAAGGAGUACCUGGUUGUCCAGGAAAAACAGGGAAGCCUGGCUUACCUGGAAAACCUGGAAUGCCAGGAGGAAAGGGUGAACCAGGCCCAGUUAUUCCUGGACAGCAAGGAAGCCUCGGUUUACCAGGAGAAGAGGGAAAGUUUGGUGAAAAGGGUGAAAGAGGAUCAUCAGGUUUACCUGGACCUCCAGGUCAAAAAGGUUUGGAAGGUGCUGAUGGACCAAAAGGGGAACCUGGAUCCCCUGGAGUUCCAGGAGAAAAAGGUCUUCCAGGAAAAAUGGGUCCCUGCCUCAUUGGUUUACCAGGAAAACUAGGUCAAUGUGGAGUAAUGGGCCCACAAGGUAUCAGAGGACUAGUAGGAGCCAAAGGAGAUCCAGGUAUUCCAGGAUUAGACUUCCCAGGAUUUCCAGGACAAUUUGGACUUCCUGGAUUACAGGGUCCUCAAGGAAAUAAAGGAUUGCCUGGCAUCAAAGGACUGUUUGGUAAACCAGGAAUGCCAGGCACACCAGGUAUCAGAGCAGAACAAGGCUUGAUGGGACCUGUGGGUAGCCCUGGAUUGCCUGGUGCCUCUGGAAAUCCGGGAAUCCCUGGAAGCAGAGGUUAUCCAGGCUAUCCAGGACAAAAAGGAAGGAAAGGAUCUUUAGGAGAAAAAGGUGAACCAGGUGAUAAAGGUCUUCCUGGGCCAUCAGAGUCCAAAGUGAGUUAUGGAGAUGAAGGAGAGAGAGGAAGUAAAGGACUCCCUGGAACAAUAGGACUCAAGGGAGGAAAAGGUCAGCAAGGUGUGCAAGGCUGUGUGGGUCCUGCUGGACCACCAGGAAUUCCAGGGCCACCAGGAGCUAAAGGAGCUAAAGGACUUUCAGGAAUUCCUGGAAGACAGGGAUUGCCAGGAGUUCCAGGAGACAUUGGGGUCAUGGGAGUGCCAGGUCCUAAAGGGGAACAAGGUUCUUCAGGUUUGCCUGGAUCACCAGGUAUAGCAGGCCUACCUGGCUUUUUUGGCGUUCCAGGAGAUAAAGGACAACCUAAACCUGGGCCUCCAGGAAACCCAGGACCUAAGGGUAAUCCAGGUCUCCUUGGAGAGAGGGGAAGAAAAGGGGCAAGUGGAUCACCAGGCCAGCCAGGUCUUAUCGGAGAACCUGGACUACCUGGAAACAGAGGAGAUACUAGUUUACCAGGAAUUCCAGGACAACCAGGACCUGCAGGCAGUAAAGGUAUUAAAGGUUACAAAGGACUACCAGGACAAAAUGGUGUUAGAGGAUCUCCAGGUUCAGUUGGAUUGCCUGGUGAAAAUGGAUCCGUUGGUGAAAAGGGUAAUCAAGGGCAUGAUGGUACUCACGGUCCUCCUGGAGAAACCGGAGCACAAGGUUCCCCAGGGCAACAAAUUCCUGGUCCUCAAGGACUUCCUGGACCUAAAGGUAUCAAAGGAGAUAUGGGAGUAGCUGGUUUUCCAGGACCACAAGGUGUUAAAGGUGUUAUGGGAGACCAAGGACUUAGUGGACCUCCUGGUUUACCUGGACAACCAGGACCUCCAGGAAAACCAGGGAGAAUACUUAGUCCCAAAGGAAAUAGAGGUCCUCCUGGCCCAGCUGGAAAACCAGGAGUUCCUGGUACCCCAGGACCUGCUGGAGUCCCAAGCUACAGCAUUAAAGGAAACAAAGGGGUUCGAGGAACAGAUGGCUUUUCAGGCCCACCAGGAAUGGAAGGUGAUCUUGGUCUACCUGGUAUGGCAGGAACUGAAGGUAUCCCUGGCUAUCAAGGCCCUCGUGGUGAACCUGGAUUACCAGGAUUACCAGGAAUAAAAGGAGAAAAGGGCAAUCAGGGACCACCUGGACCAGCCGGAAUAGCAGGUCCUCGAGGGCCAACGGGACUACCUGGCCAGCCUGGACCAUCAGUGAAAGCAGUUUCUUUCCCUGGAAGCCCAGGACCUGCUGGACCUCCAGGAAGCCCAGGAAGCCCAGGAGAUCCUGGUCCCCGAGGGUCACCCGGGCUUUCAGGACCUCCCGGUAUAAAGGGCCAGUCGGGCCGUCUUGGGAUUCCAGGUACAUUUGGACCAUCUGGACCUAAAGGAGAAAAAGGAUUUCAAGGGCAAAAAGCUUUACCUGGAUUGCCUGGAUUGCCUGGUAUAAAGGGACUUCCUGGAUUCCCAGGAAGCUGCAUCUCUAGUCCAGUGAAAAGAGGGUUCAUCUUUUCCCGGCACAGCCAGUCAACAAAAAUACCAUCAUGUCCAUCUGGGACAGCUCAGAUCUAUAGUGGUUAUUCUCUUCUUUUUGUACAAGGAAAUGAACAAGCACAUGGACAAGACCUUGGUACAGCUGGCAGCUGUCUGUCAAGAUUUACUACUAUGCCCUUUUUAUUAUGUAUUCCCAAUGGGGUCUGCAGAUUUGCUUCUCGCAAUGAUUAUUCAUACUGGUUGUCAACAGAAAAAAACAUGCCUGCAGAUAUGGCACCAAUUUCUGGAAAAGCUUUAGAGCCCUAUAUUAGCAGAUGCACUGUCUGCGAAGGUCCUGCAAUGAUGAUAGCAGUCCACAGUCAAAAAACUUCAGUUCCAUCGUGUCCUCAAGGCUGGCAAUCUCUUUGGAAAGGGUUUUCUUUCAUAAUGUAUACAGGUGCAGGCUCAGAAGCUUCUGGACAAGCUUUGGCAUCUCCAGGGUCAUGCUUAGAAAAAUUUCGUGCCAUUCCAUUCAUUGAAUGUCAUGGCCGAGGGACGUGCAAUUAUUACUCAAAUUCCUACAGUUUCUGGUUGGCUUCACUAAAUUCAAGAAGAAUGUUCAGGAAACCACUGCCACAGACUCUGAAAGCUGGGGAAAUGGAAAAUAUCAUUAGUCGCUGUCAGGUCUGCAUGAAGAAACCCAACUGAACAGAACUGUCAUCUGAAAAUUAAGUUCCAGUUUUGUUGCCCAGAGAAAAAUGCCUGAAACUAAACCAAAUGCUUUUAUGAACUUUUAAUAACGUGCAUUACAACUGUGAGACAGUAUUUGUACCAUAAAGUAGAAAAUCAGGGUUGCACAAUGAUGAAAAGUGCAAUGUUUUUAUUGUUUUGUUUUGCUAAAAUGAAAAACAUGAUCCUGAAAGCAAGUAUUGGUACCUGCUGUAUUACACAGCUGCCAGUUUCUAAACACUGCCAUUCAUGGACCCUUACAGAUUAUGAAUUAUGGUGUCAUCAGUCUUUUAAACAGAAAGGCUGAAGCUCCCAUCUUGCGAUCCUGUGCUUUUCUAACUAUGAAAUGGAGUAAAUAGCGAUCACUGGAUUAUGUAUUAUUCAAAGCAAAUAUUAUGUACACUGACAUUUUGGCUUUAUAUUCAAGGAUGGUUGAAGAAAUGAAUAAAACAUUUCUGAAUGAAACUUCUGAAAUGCUACCUUCACUAUUCACCCUUCCUUUGACUAAGAAAUGGAAAUAGCAGCAUUUCACUUCAGUGCAGCGCCAAUAUGUCUUCACUGGUUGGAAAGGAACUUAUAAGAAAAUGUUGAUUACUUAAAGACAAUUUAUAUAUAUUGUUGGAUCUUACUAAUAGCAACUUUGUUCCGGUUUCCUGGCCAAAUCUUUAAUUCCUAAAAAUUUGAGAGAUGCAGCAGCUUCAAGGAGUAAGAGCUUUACCUCAAUGGAAGAUAUAGGCGAUGCUCCCUUGCAUCUAUUGUCUGGCUGCAUUCACGUAACUUGCUUAACCCCGUCAAUUAAAAAUCUAGCAGCUGCAUUUCUCCAACAUGCUAAGCUCAAUUAAUUUUAACUUUACUUAGUUUUUUUAGUGUGUUGUGCCAACCCCGCCCAUUUGAAUCCUGAACUUUUCAAAGUAAUAUGUGAAGGAAACUGGCUAACUUUUAAUCAGUGUAUUGCGUGAGCACAGCCACUGUGUAUCUUUCACUGCAACUGCAGCCAUUG